UUCACGAUCCAUUUCCGGGCCCGAAUCGACUGUCAACAAAUUCAGAAAAAUGGCAAUAAAGCAUCUGGCAUUUAUAGAAUUUGGCCUCUGAACUGGGAAUCAGUUGGGAGUUUCCUUGUUUACUGUGAUAUGGACAACGAUGGAGGAGGCUGGACGGUAAUUCAAAGAAGAGGAGAUUAUAAACAACCAAAAGAAUAUUUCUACAAGGGUUGGGAAGAAUAUUCCUUAGGAUUUGGUAAAUUGAAUGAAGAUUUCUGGCUAGGUAAUGACAAGAUAUUUGCAUUAACAAAUCAAGGCAACUACUCUCUCCGAAUAGACAUGAAGGACAAGGAAGAAAAUAAACGUUUUGCUCUGUAUAAUGAUUUCUGGAUAGAAAAUGAAAAGCAACAAUAUAAAUUGCACGUUUCUGGUUUCACAGGAGAUGCAGGUGACUCUUUCAGUGGCAUGAAUGGAAUGAAGUUUACAACGAAAGACAGGGAUAAUGAUGCUUGGGAAAAGAAUUGUGCAGAAGCCUAUAAAGGAGGAUGGUGGUAUGAUAAAUGUCACCGAUCUAAUUUAAAUGGUUUUUACUUAAAUGGUUAUCACAGCACUUUUGCUGAUGGAAUAGAAUGGCAUUCAUGGAAAGGCUAUAAUUACUCUUUACCAGAAGUGAGCAUGAAAAUAAGAAAAAUAAAUGAUAUGAAGUGCAUUUACUUCCUGAUAACUGCCAUUUUGUCUGUACAUUUUCAAAAUGCAAACACUCAGAUCGUUUCUCAAAUUGCUUCUACUUUGAAAUACAUCGAUACUCUUCUGGAUGAAGAGAUAAUUCAAAGAAGAGGAGAUUAUAAACAACCAAAAGAAUAUUUCUACAAGGGUUGGGAAGAAUAUUCCUUAGGAUUUGGUAAAUUGAAUGAAGAUUUCUGGCUAGGUAAUGACAAGAUAUUUGCAUUAACAAAUCAAGGCAACUACUCUCUCCGAAUAGACAUGAAGGACAAGGAAGAAAAUAAACGUUUUGCUUUGUAUAAUGAUUUCUGGAUAGAAAAUGAAAAGCAACAAUAUAAAUUGCACGUUUCUGGUUUCACAGGAGAUGCAGGUAAUGACAAGAUAUUUGCAUUAACAAAUCAAGGCAACUACUCUCUCCGAAUAGACAUGAAGGACAAGGAAGAAAAUAAACGUUUUGCUCUGUAUAAUGAUUUCUGGAUAGAAAAUGAAAAGCAACAAUAUAAAUUGCACGUUUCUGGUUUCACAGGAGAUGCAGGUGAUUCUUUUGGUGGUAUGAAUGGAAUGAAGUUUACAACAAAAGAUAGAGACAAUGAUGUUGCAGAAAAGAACUGUGCGCAAUCUUAUAAAGGUGGAUGGUGGUACAUCAAAUGUCACAAAUCCAAUUUAAAUGGUUUAUACUUAAAUGGUUAUCAUAAUACUUUUGCUGACGGAAUAGAAUGGCAUUCAUGGAAAGGCUAUAAUUAUUCUUUACCAGAAGUAAAUAUGAAAAUACAAAAAAUGAAAUAAGAAUAGUUAUAAUUUAAAAACCUUUUUUGUAAAUGUAAUGAAUAUAUUUUUCGCAUAUUAUAUUAACUUUAUAACAUGUAAAAAUUUUGAAUUAUAUCUCACUUUUAGAGAUAUCAGGAUUUAAAAAUGCAAAGUCACAAAUAAAGAAAACAUUAUAGUAACUUUUCUGAAUAAAUCAAUAGAUUUAUUUAAUUAUCAUGAUGUGAUUAUCUAUCAUUAUUCAACAACUGGAAAAAACUAACAAAAAAUACUACAAUUUUAAAAAUUCAUGCAUCUGUCUAUAAACAUCAUAUGUUCAAA